GCUCUUGAUCAUAGGAACACUUUAGGGUAACACAUCUAUCCCCACCCUUUUUUUUUCAUGAUUUAUUCUCACCUAAUAAAAGUCACAUUUUGAGCAGUCCACUUUUUAUAAAAGAACACUAAAUAAAGUCUUUCGACAUUUAAUAACCAUAAAUGACAGAAACACCAACCGCCAUUUAUUUGAAUUGGAUUAAAACACACGGAGGUCAAUUCAAAAAAAUUGAGUUUAACCAAGGUUGUGUUUAUACAACCGAUACUGUGCAAGAAAAAGAAAAUUUCGCUUCCGUUCCUUUCAAACUUUGUAUUACAGAACAUGUUGCUCGUAAAGAACUACCCAAUUUGACAGAAUUUUCAGGGCGCAUUGUUUUAUCCUUAUUCUUACUCUUACAAAAGCGGCUUGGAGAGAAAUCGUUCUAUUGGCCCUAUAUUAACAUCUUGCCAAAGACUAUAAAAACACCUCUAUUCUUUGACGAACACGAUUUGAAAUUUAUAGAGAAUACUAAUCUGGAAUCAGCAACAAGAGAUAGAAAGGCUGCAUUAUACAAGGAUUAUACUAAACUUUUAGAACAUUUGCCGGAAGGUGUGGAUAAAAAUGACGUUAAAUGGGAAGAUUUUCUUUGGUGUUAUUGUGUAUUUUCUUCUAGGUCGUUUCCAUACCAAUUGAUUGAUCCGUCUUCAACAGAAGUGUCCGAAGUGCUUUUUCCGCUCGUGGAUGCAUUGAAUCAUAAGCCCAACACAAAAAUCACUUGGUCUAGAAAUGGAGACGUUGAAACUGGGUCACUAUCGUUUGUUGCUGGUCAAGUAUUUCAAACUGGUGAUGAAAUUUUUAAUAACUAUGGUCCAAAGUCAAAUGAAGAAUUGUUGCUUGGAUAUGGGUUCUGUUUUGAGUAGUACAAUGAACACGAUCAUAUUGCGUUAAAGCCCAACUUUUCUCGUGAUCCAAACCAUGAAACAAAAUUGAAUAUCCUAAAACA